AUCUUCCAUGUCCGGAGAGAGAGUGCCUUGCAGAGUUGGCAAUGUCUUCUUCUUGUUCAUCGUCUUCCUUAAUCUCUCUCUGUCACUCUCAACUCUCUCUCUCUGGGCAGUUAAGCUGCUUCAAUCUAGCCACCUAACCUCCUGAAACAGCAUUUACUCUCAAGAUUCGCUUUUCCUUCAAUUCACUCCAUCAUUCACUUGGGGCCACUGCUCAGUCCCCUUCGCCCUCGCUGCUCCAACCUCCUUCGCCGUCAGCGUACGAACAUACCCGGCUGCGGCUUUGCUUCUAGAGGUAGAGAAACAGAGAUAGGGGCAGAGAGGGAUGCCGCUCGUGAGGUUCCAGCUCAGGAACGAGCACGCCCUUGGGAAGCCCGAGCUGUACAGCGAGGCCAGCCGGGAAGAUCCCAAGGCCGUCCUCGACGGAGUCGCCGUCGCCGGUCUCGUCGGGAUCUUGCGCCAGUUGGGCGAUCUCGCUGAUUUUGCAGCCGAGGUUUUUCAUGGCUUGCAGGAGCAAGCUAUGACAACGGCUUCUCGAAGUCAUAAUUUGUUGGGUCGUGUUCAACGCAUUGAAGCUGCUCUUCCUUCCUUGGAGAAGAGAGUGUUGGCCCAAACGAGCCACGUACAUUUUGCUUACACAGCUGGUUCUGAUUGGCAUGCCCGGAUUCGAAAUGAGCAACAUCAUUUUAUCGACAAUGACUUGCCACGAUUUAUCAUGGACUCCUAUGAAGAAUGUUGUGAUCCUCCUCGUCUUCAUUUGCUCGACAAAUUUGAAACUGGAGGCCCAGGAUCAUGCUUGAGGAGAUAUUCAGAUCCAACCUUUUUCAGAAGAGUAUCAAUGAGAAUAGACGAAUCAAAUCCUGUAAAAAUCCGCAGAGACAAGAAGGCUCGUAAAAUUAAGAAGAAAAAAUCGUUGCUGAAGAAUGGUGAAUUUUCACGUGGGAACUCAUUAUCCAGCCACGGUAGCAGACUGCGAUUCUCUUCAGCUCUAGCUAAUGGGCAAGCUUCUCCGACUGUUUCAAUGGAAGAUUUGACAUUUGACUCUGGCAUGGGAGAUCGCUUAAAUUCGUUUGAUUCUAGAUCUGGUUCUGGAUACAUUGAAUGUAUCUUCAGUCAGAGCGACAACAUGCAACUCAAUGAACGUGCAUCUAAUAGAUCAUCAUCUUCUAGGCUGAUGCAGCAUGAGGAUUCUGUUGGUUCCUUUUCCCGUGAUGAAGAAAGUUUCAAUGCUUCUAGCAUUACGAGGAAGAAAGGUUUCAAGACCUCAUCUGCCCAGCUGAUGCAGCACGAGGAUUCUAUUGGUUCAAUGUCCUGUGAGGAAGGAAGUGCCAGUAUAGCUAGCAGUACGAGGAAGAAAGUUUCCAAGGCCUUAACUACCCAACAGAUGCAGCACGAGGAUUCUAUUGGUUCAGUCUCACAUGAGGAAGAAAGUCCCAGUAUAGCUAGCAGUAUGAGGAAGAAAAGUUCCAAGGCCUCGUCUACAAAACAGAUGCAGCAUGAGGAUUCUGUUGGUUCAGUGUCCUGUGAGGAUAGUGGCACCAGUAUAUCUAGCAGUACGAGGAAAAAAGGUUCCAAGUCCUCAUCUACCCUACAGAUGCAGCACGGGGAUUCUGUUGGUUCAGUGUCCUGUGAGGAUAGUGGGCCCAGUAUAUCUAGCAGUACGAGGAAAAAAGGUUCCAAGUCCUCAUCUACCCUACAGAUGCAGCACGGGGAUUCUGUUGGCUCAGUGUCCUGUGAGGAUAGUGGGGCCAGUAUAUCUAGCAGUACGAGGAAAAAAGGUUCCAAGUCCUCAUCUACCCUACAGAUGCAGCACGGGGAUUCUGUUGGUUCAGUGUCCCGAGAGGAAAAUAGUGCCACUAUAUCUAGCAGUAUGAGGAAGAAAGGUUCCAAGGCUGAAAGUACUGCUGAUACAUUACAUGUGGAUCAUGUUGGUUCAUCUGCCCUGCUGAUGCAGCAUGUGGCUUCUGUUGGUCUGGUUUCCCAAGAGGAAGAAAGUACUGCUAUAUCUAGCAGCUCCCAUUCUCCACCUAGGACAUUGCAGGAAUGUGCUGCAUCCAAUUUGUCUUCUGUCACUUGGGAGGAGAAAACUGAAAUAACGCAGACCAUUGAGCGAAACAUCUGUAGAGAUGUAGCUUCAGAGUUGGUUUUUCCUCACUUAAAUGUCUGUGAGCGGGAGGACGAAACUCUUAUUGCUACAAAAGUGGAUGAGCUUGACAUCCCACGCAACGGUGAGAGCCUCUCAAAACCGAUCACUGAUGAGGAUCAGACUGAUGACAUUGAUAGUGAAAUAGACCAUUAUGUGGAUGCACUUAAUACCAUCGAAUCAGAAUCUGAAACUGAUCACGAUUAUCAGACGAAACGCGAGGUGGAGAAGUUCUCAUACAAGGCACAAGAUAGAGAAAAAAGGGUUGCAGUGGAGGAGCUGACAUCACAUAGUUUAGACCACUACCCUUCUAAUGUGGAGUCUGAUGUUGCUUCCAAUGUCAUCUCUGAUAAAAGGAUGCCUCUAGAUUUGCCUGAAGCUGCUGCUUCUGAAAUUUCUGCUGAAGAACAAGUUCCUGAAGUUGCUGUGGUAUCUGCUAAUUCUGAUUGUUUACCAGACAUUAGUGUUUGCCAGAACUAUGUUCUUGAUGAUUCGAAGGUAGAAACUGCUACACAUGAACCAUCUUCUCCUGGGUCCUCUCAAUCCCAAGAUGAGAUCAGGAGCAGCUCUUCCAAGCAUCAAGAGUUUCCUGUCAAGCUUGCUGACGUUGAUUUUUGGACAAACGGAGGUCUACUGGGACUUCAACCAGCAAAGCCGCCAGUUUUUGCUCCAACUGAUAAUCCUAAUGUAGAUUCCAAUCCCUCAGUCCCAGCUUCGAUGCCAAAAGACGAUGAUGGCAGGGAAAAGUUGCAUCUUGGUGAAAAUGAUGAAGUUGGUCCUUUUGUAAAAAAGACAACCCUGGUCUCAUCACUCUCUGAUCCAAGUCCUCGAAUAGAUAACUCUUGCCAGUCGAAUCACACCAACGUAUUUGGUCACACUAAUGGGCAUGGCUCGAGUUCAAUCAGUGUCGUGGCCCCAGGUAGUGCGGUUCCCAUUGCUCCAACAGCCCAAGCCGCACCUGCUGAAACUACCAAGGAGAAUGAUGAUAAUUCAUCUGGAGUUUUUGGACUUGGUCAUAGGUUGUUUGUAAACAGCUUCCGGAAGAAGCUUUCCCUGGUCUAUGAUGAAAAACCAGACUUACCUUCUUCUGACAUAUCUCUAGCUGGUGGGCAGCACGAACCUUCACAUCAAACAGUUGUGGACGGGACCUGUAUGGAUCAGUUUGAAACUAUCUCACCUGUAAACUCAUUCCCGCCAUCACCUCCACUCGAGCACAUGAAAAUAUCUUUCCAUCCAGUGAAUGACUUCGAGACUUCCAAGCUUGGUUUGAAGUUUUCUGAUGAAAGUAACAGUCGAGAAAAAGUUAGAGACAUGUUUGCUUCAUUUCAAUUGGUACCGCAACCUGCUGUCCAACUUGAUGGGGGCGGUUUCGAUUCUGAUGAUGACGACGAUGACGACACGUUUUGCCGGUCAUCUCCUAAUAGCUCUAAUGACUAUAUGAGCAAUCACUCUGAGUCAAAUUCUGAACAGUGGGAAUCCGAUGCACAUGAUGCUUUGGGCAGGCUCUCAAUGGAGUCUGCUUCAGCACCAACUAGUUAUGCAAACCAUGCGAAGGAAGCUGUAAGGUUAGAUCCCGACAAUGGUGUGGAACCAAUCCACUCGUUUCCAGGUUGUGUCAGUGGUCAGGGACUCAACCUUCCCAGCUUCGAUGCAAUCAAAUCUUUCCCGAAGCAAGAAAAGGAUGUUAUGCCUGAACCAAGGAGUAAUGAUUUCUCACUGCAGUCACCCGGUCAACCUACUCCACCUCCUCCACCUCUUCCUCCAGCUGACUGGCGGGGUGUGAAGCCUGGUGUUGAUGUGGCAGAAGAUGUAAAAGAAGCUUCCGCGGCUCUAAACAAUGCAAUCCACUCAAAUCAUUUGGCUUCUCAUGUCCAACCGCAACCUAAACUAACUCCUGUAAGGCCUCAGAAUAUCGUCAAAGAGAUCGUCCAAGUUGCUAUGGAAAGAAAGGAUCAGCAGAAAUCAAAUGCGAACAAGGAAUCUUUUCCUGAGGGGGCUAAUGGGCUGGCGCCUGAUGACAAGGAAGAUUUUCUGCAACAGAUCCGAGCAAAGUCGUUCAACCUCAGACGAACUGCUACUGCGAAGACCACUGCUCCUACACAGGCAGUGACAGCGAACGUUAAAGUGUGUGCAAUUCUCAAGAAAGCGAAUGCCAUUCGCCAGGCUGUUGGGAGCGAUGAUGGGGAGGACGAUAGUUGGAGCGACACUUGAAUUUUCACUCGACGUACGUAGUGACCUCGAGUUACCUUUGAGGGAGAUGUUUUGUUUUAUUCGCAACGUACAUUUGUACAUGUGAAUAAUGUCUGAGGUUGUCUUUCUUUCCGUCUGUAAUUAUAAAUUUGUAGGGGUUAAGCUUUGUAUCCUGUCAUUCCAUCGAUUCCUUUAUCAUGUUAGACACGAUCUAUGAAUUUUUCGGCUCGCGCAGGGCCGCUCUGCAAUUCAAACUGUUAGCUUAUGCUCUGA